AUGGCAACAGAGACCUGCUAUACCAUAAUCCACCAAGAUGACAGUCAAGAACAACCUUCUUUACAGGAGCUCAAGACUGCUCUUGAAAAAGGUUCAGAAGAAGCCAAGAUCGAGACUAUGAAAAGGAUAUUGGUUACUAUGCUGAAUGGAGAUUCAUUACCCCAGUUAUUGAUGCAAGUCAUUAGAUUUGUAAUGCCCUCAAAGAAUAAACAAUUGAAGAAAUUAUUACAUUUUUAUUGGGAGAUAUGUCCAAAGACUAAUUCCGAUGGGAAGUUAAAGCAGGAGAUGAUUUUGGUUUGGUAUGGAAUCGACAUUGGUGAUUGGGCAUUUCACCAGAGCAAUGACACAACGUGUAGUGCUCUAUUUAACCAGAAAACAUUAAUUCAUCCAAUCUUUGCGUUAUAUAUCGAUCGAUUUAGCAAUGCUAUUAGAAAUGACCUCCAACAUCCAAAUGAAUAUAUAAGAGGAGCCACUCUUCGGUUUCUGUGUAAACUGCGUGAACCCGAGUUACUUGAACCAUUAGUUCCGUCCUGUCGAUUGUGUCUGGAACAUCGACAUGCAUACGUCAGGAAGAACGCAGUAUUCGCGAUAUACACCAUUUAUAAGCACUUUGAAUAUCUCAUUCCUGACGCUCCUGAAUUGAUUCAAUCAUUCCUGAUAGCUGAAGGAGAUCAAACUUGCAAAAGGAAUGCUUUUGUAAUGCUAUGUAACACUAGUCAAGCACGAGCGGUAGAAUAUCUUAAUGAGGUGUUUGAUCAAGUGCCUAAUUUUGAUGAACUGCUGCAGAUGGCAGUGAUUGAGCUUAUUAGGAAAGACUGUCGGAAUAAUUCGGUUAAUAGGGGAAAAUACAUUCGAUGUAUAUUUGAAUUGCUUAGCGCGCCAUCACAUUCAGUAAAAUAUGAAGCCGCAACAUCGCUAAUGGCUCUCACUCACGCGCCUGCUGCAGUAAAAGCGGCGGCAUCUUGUUACAUUGAGCUCAUAGUUAAGGAAUCAGAUAACAACAUAAAAUUGAUUGUGCUUGACAGACUCGAUGAAUUGCGUGAGAAACAUGAACACGUGUUGGAUGACUUGGUUCCGGAUAUUUUACGCGUGUUGUCAAGUCCUGACAUAGAGGUCCGUCGUAAGGCCCUCCGUAUCGCCUUGGAAUUAGUCUCGAAUCGCAAUGUACAAGAAGUGAUUACACUUUUAAAGAAAGAGCUCAGCAAAACUCUCGAUCAGGACUACGAGAAGAACAAUGAAUAUCGCCAACUAUUGAUCCAAUCUAUUCAUUCGUGUGCUAUUAAAUUCUCCGAAGUUGCUGCUAACGUCGUUCAUGUGCUUAUGGAAUUCCUUGGCGACUCGAAUAAUCCAUCCGCUGUAGAUGUAAUUACCUUUGUUAGAGAAGUUGUUGAGAAGUUCCCAAGUUUGAGAACUUCGAUAUUAGAAAAGUUACUUGAUACGUUUAUGGAUGUCAAAUCAGGAAAAGUGUUUAGAGGCGCUCUGUGGAUUGUUGGCGAAUACUGUUCGGAAGUACAAGAUAUUGAAGAGGCGUGGAAACAAAUUCGAGCAGGUCUUGGCGAAAUUCCAAUACUGGCAUCCGAGCAGAAGUUGCUUGACGAAGCCUCAAAAGAAGACAAACCGGAUGAAAGCCCUGAACAGAAAAUUCAAUCUACGUCGUCUCGUAGAAUCUUGGCCGAUGGGACAUAUGCUACAGAGACCGCAUUUUCAUCCAACUCAUCUGCCAUGGCCAAGUUAGAGGCUGUAAAAUCUGCUACUAAGCCCCCGUUGAGAGCCUUGAUACUUGCGAGUGAUUUCUUCCUCGGGUCAGUAUUGGCAUCAACGUUAACCAAAUUGGUUAUGCGAUAUACGGAAAUAUCCGAUGAUCCUGCGCGCGUUAAUGCACUUCGGGCCGAGGCAAUGUUAAUAAUGGCUAGCAUAAUUCGCGUGGGGCAAUCACAGUUUGCAGCUUCUCCAAUUGACGAAGAUACCUAUGACCGUAUAAUGGCCUGUAUGCAUGCAUUACAAGAAUUUUCCAACGACAACACAAUUAAAUCAAUAUUUUUACAUGAUACCAAGGCUGCGUUGACAAGAAUUGUGGAAAAUGAAGAGAAAAAGGCGGCAGCCAAGAGAUCAAAAGAUAAAUCUGCGGCUGCCGGACAGGCGGAUGAUUUGAUUUCGUUUAGACAGUUCUCUAAACGCAAUAUUGGAGAUGAGACUGAUGAGUAUGAGCUAGAUUUGACGCGAGCUACUGGUCAGACUGACCCAAGAGACGAUUUGAUUUCCAAAUUAAGUCGUGUUGUGCAAUUGACUGGGUUCUCCGAUCCCGUGUACGCCGAGGCCUACGUUAACGUCCAUCAAUUCGAUAUUCUACUUGACGUUCUAAUUGUUAAUCAAACAAGCGAAACGCUGCAGAAUUUAACGUUAGAAUUUGCUACACUUGGUGAUUUGAAGUUGGUCGAACGUCCUACGCAACACAAUCUUGCUCCUCAUAGUGUUCACAGUGUAAAGGCUACAAUUAAGGUCUCAUCUACUGAAGCGGGUGUCAUAUUUGGUAAUAUUGUAUAUGAUGGACCGGGAACGUCGGAAAGUAAUUGUGUCGUGAUGAAUGACAUUCAUAUUGACAUCAUGGACUACAUAAACCCUGCUUAUUGUAACGAAACCCAGUUCCGAAGCAUGUGGUCCGAGUUCGAAUGGGAAAAUAAAGUUAACGUCAAUACCAACAUCGCUGAUCUUCGUGACUACCUGAACCAUAUUAUGAAAUCCACAAACAUGUCUUGCUUGACCCCCGAAGCGGCCCUGGAAGGUGACUGUGGGUUCCUAUCUGCCAAUAUGUAUGCCAGGAGUAUUUUCGGUGAGGAUGCGUUGGCAAAUCUCAGCAUCGAGAAGCAAACCGACGGUGCGAUCAGUGGCCAUGUUCGUAUUAGAAGCAAGACUCAGGGAAUCGCUCUAAGUCUAGGAGACAAGAUUACGUUGGCUCAAAAAUCUGCUGCCUAG